GAUAGAUAGAGAAAUCAAUUUUGUUUUACAAGGUCUUUUUUUGAUAGACAUAUGAUAACUUAAAUGAUUCAAUAGAAAAAAGAUUAAAAGCCAAAAAGUAGCUCUUAGUAAGUUGAAGAAGAGGAAAAUCAUUUAAUGAAUAGUAUUUCAACUAGUUUACAUAAUUUUAAGAUUACUUUAACUCUUGGUAGAGGCGCAGGAAGUUGCGUUUUUCUAAUUGAAGAAUACAAAUCUGGAUCGCUUUAUGCUUUAAAAACAAUCACAAAAUAGUCAUAAUAUUACACUAACAAUAUUAAUAGAAUCAAAAAUGAAUAUAAUCUACACUCAUAACUAGACCAUCCAAACAUAGUAAAAAUUUUAAAAAGAUUCGAAGACAAUGAAUAUGUAUAUAUGAUGCUUGAGUAUUGCCCAGGAGGCAGUCUUUUUGAUUAUGUAAAAAGUAAAGGAAGGCUCAAUGAAGAUGAAGCAAGAGACAUUUCAUAUUAAAUUGUAUAAGGUCUUGAAUACUUACACAAAAACAAAAUUAUUCAUAGAGAUUUAAAGCCUGGUAAUAUUUUGCUUACUGGGAAUAACAGCGUUAAAAUUUGUGAUUUCGGGUUAGCUGUAAGAGUAACUAACUACGAAUCGGAGAGAGACACAUUUUGCGGAACUCCUAAUUACAUAGCUCCAGAAAUUUGUAGCAGGGAAAAGUAUGGAAUAUAAUCAGAUUGCUGGUCUUUUGGGUGCAUUCUAUACACUAUUGCUACUGGUAGACCUCCUUUUGAAACAGUGAGUAUAUAACAAACACUAAAAAUGCUAUAAAAAAAGAAUAAAGUAGAGUAUCCUUCUCACUUAUCUAAAUCUUUAGUUGAUCUAAUUGAUCAUAUACUUGAUUGGAAUUAAGACACAAGAUACAAUAUCAGUUAAAUAAAAAGUCAUCCUUUUUAUAAUAAAUCCAAAUAAAAUACUCAUGAAAAUGAAUAUAAAUUAUAAAAUCCUAUGACUUUUGCUCCUCCUCAACCAUUUUAAAUGGAAUAAUCUGUCAAUUAAAAUAAUAAAAAUAUUUAACAAGGGCAUACUAGGCAAAGAUCUAAUUUUUCAAUGGAUUCGUCUAACAAUUCUAAACAUUUUUAAUAAAAUAAAAUAAUGAAUGAUAAUUUAUAUUAAAUUAACAAUAUAAAUCGCUCCAAUCAAAUCUAAGAAAAUAACGUUUUACAAAAUAAACAAACUAAAGAAAAUAGAUUUUAAAGCAAAGAAUAAUUAUUAGUAAAUGAAAAUAAGGAAAAUAUCCAUUCAAAUAUUCUAAAUUCAAUUAAUAAUUAACAAAAAUUAUUUUAGCAAUAACAAAAGUUAAACCCUAUACCACUUUAAAAAUCUUACAGCUAUAAUCAGAAGAACGAGUAAAAGCAAGAUUAGAUAUUGCACUAAACUUUAGCUUAAGGCUUAAAGAAGGAAGUAAGUGAAUAAAGCAUAGAUAAUAAUAGAAACAAAUAAAUAAUAUAAGAAAUUUAAAAUAUAUCAUAAAAUUCUUAUUAUAAUCCAUAAAUAUCCUAAUCAAACAAAUAGUAAUAGCAAUAAAUAGAUACUAUUUAGUAAAAACCAUAAAGCAAAACUAUAUUGAAUACAUUCUUGAAUAAAGCCACUAAAUCGAAUUCUCUUCAUCAAUCGUCAUCUACUACUCCCUCAAGCAACUAGCAAAAUAUCAAUACAAAUAAUUUUUUUUAAUCAUAAAAAUCUUAUAAAAACCCUAUAGUAUAAAUUUUAAAUGGAUUUCCUAAUGACUCAAAGAUUUAAUAAAAUCAAGCAAUUAAUCAUUAAAAAAAUAAAAGUCUUGAUAUAAGUGGUAUAAUACCACCUCAACCUCCUCGUCCUCGGGAUGAAUAAAAAAAUCAGCUUAGUUUUAAAACUAUAGAUUAAGAAAAUAUUUAAAAAAAGCAAAUAUCUAUUGAUUAAUCUAACUAAAACGAGUUUGUAACUACUCCAAGUGGAAAUAAUAAAAUGUUUUCUCAAUCAUCAAACAACAUGAUUUUUAUGAAAGAGAACAACAAUUCUAAAAUAUAAAAUGUUAAAAAGAAAAUGAGUCUCCAUUUUCCAACUGAAUAAACAAAUAUUAGCCAAGAUAUAAUAAGCACAAACACAACAUGCAGGAAUAACAUAACAACAACCAUGACCUUUCCUUCUCCUUCGUCUUAAUAGUUUUUAGCAUAAAAUAAUAAUAAUCAAAUAAUAAUAAAUUAAAAUAUUUAAAGAUAAAAACCCUCUAAAUCAACACAUAAUAAUGAUAAUAAUCACACUUCUUUUGAUAUAUCAUAUCUUAAAUUAGACAGCUCCUAAAUGAAUAGCUUUUCUGUAGAAAGAGAUUUUUAAUCUACAGCUUAAUUUUCUUCUAAAUCGAAUGUAAUACAUACACCCACUAAUGUUUCAAUCAGUUAAAAGCCUCCUAGCAAUAAAAAUUCAUAUACAUAUAGAGAUAUAAAUCCUCCAUCGUUUGCACCCAGUUAGCAACCUACUUCUCUAAUGAGAGCUAAAGGAUCAUCUAAAGAGUAUAUAAAGACUGAGCCAUGUGAUAUUGAUGUUAAUUAAACUCCUAGAUUAGAGUGUUUGGAAACUGAGAACAAUGAAAAUACUUCUACAGCAGCAUGCUCAAAGUAUUCAAUGAAUACUACAAAUAGAAGCUUUAACAAAGGAUUAAACACUUCUAAAUCAUUUAGCAGUUUUAUAGCUGACUAAACAAAUGAAAUAGAUAAAUAUUCUAAUAACAUACAACUGAAUUAAUAAAAUUCUAAUAUCAUAACUAGCUAAAUUUCUCCUGUAAAAGUAGGAGAUGACUUAGAUGUUUCUAAAAUUAAAACGAAAAACGGUUAUAUUGAGAUAACUUCAGAUCAUUCCCUCUUAGUAGAAUCUUGCAAUGGUCGUUUACUCUUUAAAAUAUCUAAAGAUGGAUAAAAGGUAAGAUUAAUAUUUAAAACUAUUUUUUAUAAACUAUUUAUUUGUUUUAAUAAAUAAAGAUUUAAAUAAAUAAACUAAUUGAUAAACCUAUGGAGAAGCAUUACACUCUCAAUAACCUUCCCGCAAAAUACUAUGCCUUGUACGGAUAUGCCAAGCAGGUAAUUAAUGCACUCAAAACUAAAAAAGUUAUAUCCAAGCUUGAAAAUAAAGAAGGAAUUUUUAUCCUGUUAGAAAAUAACUGUUUCGAGGCCUAAUUUAAAACAGGAUACAAAAUAUAUUACAAAAAUAAAAAUGCUUCAAUGAAAAUUAAAGCUCCUGACAAUAACAUUUAUGAAAUUUCUCUUGAAAAAAAUUCAAAAGACUUUCCAUAAGAAGUAAAAAACAUAACAUCUAAAUCUCUUAAGUACUAUGAAUACUUAUUAAACUAAAAUAAAGAGUUUUAAAACAUAUGAAGAAAUAAAACCAAAAACUAAUUUAAAAACAAUUUUCCUAAAAUAAGUAAAUAAAUAUAUUCUUACUAUUAUCUAAUAAAAAAUAUAUAAUUAAUUUAUUGUUAUCAUAAAUGUGUUCAUAAAAAGAAUCAAUCUAUAAAUUUAUAUAUUGUGUAAUAUAAAUACGAGUUCU